AUGAGGCUGACGAACAAUUAUUACUGUCCACAUGCACCUAAUUCCUUGGAUUGGAGGGACUUCGGAGCUGUAACUGAUGUUAAAGACCAAGACAAAUGUGAUAGUUGUUGGGCACUCUCAACGGGAGCCAUUGAAGGGAUUAAUAAAAUAGACAACGAUGCACUUGUGAGUGUUUCUGAGAAACAACCUACGUCGUGCGAUCCUUAUAGCAAUGGCUGCCACAAAGGAAGCUAUGUCCACGACGCAUUUGAAUAUGCCAUCGACAAUGGUGGAAUGCCUCAUAGGCUGAUUAGCCUUAUACAGCUAAGAAUGAUACCUGCGAUCACCAAAAGGUCUGUCUGUAAUUGUUCUGGACUCUUCAACGGUAGUGGCUGCUCUGAGGUUGCACCUUAUUACAUUAAUCAUGUUAUGCUGAUUGUUGGAUAUGAUUCAUUUGGUCCCGGUCUUGAUUAUUGGAUUGUGAAGAACUCAUGGGGAAAAACUUGGGGAGAACAAGGUUAUAUCAAAAUCAAAAGAAAUAUUGGUCAUCACUUAGGUGUAUGCAACAUCAAUUGCUGGGGUUAUUACCCAGCCAAGAAGAACGUGAAGCUUGAUUCUGCCACAUGA